CCAAUAUAGAAGCGCCAACACAGCGCGUACACCAAUGCCAGCACUUCUAUGCGACACGACGACAUGGGAGGUGUGCGAGGGGUGGGACCAGCAUCCAUCUUCUCAACGCCUCUUUGGUCCCUGCGGAGGCUCAUGGAGACUCUUUGAGAAUCAUGUCCGGGGAAGCAUGACGCAGUCGACGUGGGAAAGAGCCGGUUGUCGCUAUUACAAGUGCUGAUGUGCCUCUAUUGGUGCUUCAAAUAGCCAUCGGGCUGGUAAUAGGUUCAGCGGUAACUUGCCUUUCACUGCCUACUACGUAAGAACCUUGUUGUCUCUUCUACACCUGCUAUCACACUUGUACCUUAUCCGUAUCGCGGGGUCUGCGUUUGAAACUUUUUUCUCCUUGUUAACGCUGCCUUUCCCAUUUUUUCCGCCCCAACCCUCGUUUCCUCAUUUCUCUCUUGUACUUGCUUCCAUCUCCUUACGUUCUGCAUCUCCUUUGUAUUCCUACUCCUGUUCCUAUCACCAUAGCAACUACAUUUCCUUACUGUCUUUGAGCAUAGAAUGGGUUUUUGCAUAUCGAACAUUUCCUUCUGUCACUGUUAAUGAUGUAUGAGACGCUGGCCGCCUCCACUUUAAUAUAUACACAAAGGUCAGUGCAUUCUCCUCUUUUCCCAUUCCGUCAAAUCAACACCAUUGUAUUGUAUCAUUCAGCGGAAAUGAGAUCGAGGUCAAGGAGGAGAUCCAGAUAAUGAUAAAACGAUGCUUGGACUUGGGAUCCUCGGCGCGCAUAGUUUGUUCAAUGCUUCCUUCAUUGUACUACAUACCGCAGCUUACAUGUCUUGUCAUUGACUUAUCAUGCUAACAUCUUUCCUUUGGCAGUUCCUAUGAGGAUGGCACGAUGCUGGCCUGGCUUAAUCCUCUUGACGUCCACGUUCAUUCCUCUCGUCAAUGGAGCAACCACUUUGCCAUCAGAGGUUACAGCCAUUGUCCCUCAAUGUGCUCAGCCAUGUCUCUCGAAUUUCGUAGAAACGAAUUUUCCUUCCCGUGGUUGCGGUUCGAGUCCAACAUUAGAAUGUCUCUGUUCUCAUGACAGCGCUUCGGAAUAUACGAUUGGAGAGGCAGGCGUGCAAUGUAUAGUUGGAUCACAAAAGGGGGGCUUGUGUACUGAAGAGGAGGCAAGAGGUAAGUAACUAACUAAGUAUGCCUUAUACAGUAUGCUUAUAGAAUUGUAGAUUCUGUCGUAUCUAGUGCAUUUGGAAUGUGUAGUGGUCAAGUUAAUGCCAUAUCAAAUACACAUACCGUCAUCUACGUAACACUCGAGAUUCAAUCCAGUUCAGUCCGAAUUGGGUCACCCACGACAGUGGCGUCAACAACAGAAUCAGAAACUCCGAGUUCUACUUUUGCUACCUCGACUCGACCGAGCUCCGCUUCAGUGUCCUCGACAUCCAGCUCUAUGAGCUCAGCAUCGUCCUCCAGUUCGAUUUUGUCAGCCACCAGUACUCAAACAGGAGGAAGACAAUCACAGACACCUGCACCAACUCGGGAGCCCAAUUUGACGAAUGCUCAAAUUGUUGGAAUCACAGUGGCCGCUAUUGGUGGCGGAGCCCUCAUGCUGGGCAUAAUUGUCAUAAUGGCAUGUGUAAAGAGGCGAAGAGUGAGGCAAAAUAGAGAUAGCGACGACUUUUCAUUUCAAGUCGAUCCAAAAAAGUACCCCCAAUCAAUAAUAUCUAGGAAGUCAAGGAAGUCAAUGAGAAGACUUCCAGUUUUCGGACCUGGCGGAACAUCCAAUGGAAUCGCUGCAAGAGUUGCACCACCAAUUCCUCCUCGUAUCGAUACGAUGAGCCCAAACAUGUUCUCCAGACGAAGUAUUCAACCUGACCAGGUGAUCGGUCUUGCCAUCUCCCCGGAGAGAAACAUUCCAGCUGGGAUGCAAUCUCGAGAAUCGAAACUUCUUCCUCCAAGGCCUACCUUGAAGUUGCAAAUGCCUCCCAACGCCGCCGGAGCGUCCUUCUCCAAGAACGCACCAAAGCCAAUGACUUUUGGAAGAUCCAGCGCAGCCACACAAUUUGAAGAAGAUUAUGAGAGUACUGGUUGGAAACCUCAAGUCCCAACACUCAAAGGUGCAGGAAUAAAGUAUCCAAAGCCUGCUCAAACGCCUUCUCUAAGCAGGGAGAGUACGGCAACCCAAUUCGAGGAUGUUGAAGACAAUAUUCGAAAGUCACAGAUUGCCAACGCAAGAGGUGUAUCAUAUGUCCAGCCUGCUUUAAAGUCUUCAGAUGAACCCCGUGGAAGCACAACUACGCAAUUCGAAGAGGACGAUGCUCGAAUCUCAAAGUUAAAAGUUGAUGAAACCACAUCGACUUCGAACCGCCCAAAGAAUAAUCUGAAUCGCAGAUCCACUGUCGAAGAGGAUGUGGAUUCUGCUAUCGAUAUGUGGCAGAAGUUCAGCCCUAUCAAUACCACUGGUCCUCCAGCAUUUUACUAUAGAGCAGCCGACGGUCAACGUGCACAGCAAUUAAUUGCUUCGUCAACUAAGGGCAGCGCUCAACGGCUUCAAUCCAAACCAGUCCUUGUUGGUGAUCGAAUCGGAAGCUUCUCACAGCCGCGUCGACCAAAUGAGUAUCCCCCACGAGCAAAAGGAGACAAUCUAGAACUUGAUGCGUUCCCAAGACCACCAACAUUGCCAGCUUCCCUUCAAAUUCCAAUUCCACCAGGAGCAUCCAGAGGCGUCUCUGCCACUUCUUCAAUUUACACAACUCGCACUACCUCUCUACAACCCAGCCCAACUAGAAGAAGCAAUAAUCCAGCAGGGUCUUUUCCUCAAGUCUAUCGAGCGUAUAAGCAGGUCGGACCAUACGAUGCACCCAAAACGAGCAACUCAAUGACAUCCUAUGAAAUUGAUAAAUCUCGACUAUCUCCUGGAGGCCCUCGAACGGACGAUUUAUCACCCGUGGUAGAGUCUCCAGCUAGUGGUCGCAGUCCAGUCUCCUAUCCCAAAAUCCCCAAACCAGGACGGCUUUCUGAGGCAACAAUCAGAAUGGUUCCUCCACCAGCACAACCAAACUUCAAAGUUUCCAACGAAAAGCCGUGGAGGGUAGCUGAGCUGGCCGCUCAAAGACAACGGCAACUCCGUCGUAAUAGUUCACUUACCGGUCCACCACAAGGAAUAGACAUAAACGUCCCUCAACCUCGUACACCCCCGAACUACACACCUCAAUCUCCAAACUGGGAUACAUACACUCCUUCACCACUUUCUCCUUCCGGCCCCUCAUUCUCUUCAUCCAACCUCCCCUUCGCUCGUCAAAACCAGCCUCCAAUCCCCCUCCCAACGAACCAACAAUACGCAAAACAAUUCCAGCCUUCCCUGGGACUCUCCCAGAAACCAGGCUACGCCAGCAUCUCCUCACCCACUCCCCCUCAAUCCUCCCCAACUCCAAUCCCAACAUCAAAAUACAAUCCCACCACCGUCACUGUCCUCCCCACCCACGCCCGCCCCUCCUCAGGCCUAUCCCACAUCUCAGAAGCCUCCCUCGACGCGCCCUCCCUCCUCCCCCCACGCUCCUCCACCACCUCUCAAUCCUCCCAACUCUUCUCCCGACGCCGCGGUGCCGCCACAGGACCCAUCACUCUCUCUGACUCACCCUCUACAGACGCGAAAAAAAAGUGGCGCGUUUUGAAGGGAGAAGAUGUGAACGCAGCGAAGAGUCCAGGUUGGAAAACUAUGCUUGGAUCUAGUGCUGGGAUGCUAAGUCCCCAGUCUGCGGGGUUCUCGCGGGGACGAAGGGAGUUUGAGAGUGUGGAGGGUACUGCGGUGGAGUUGCCGGGGACGCCGGGGUGGGUUCCUAGGUUGACGCCUACGAGGAAGGGGGAGGAUUUGUAUUUGAGGGUUGGGUGA